AUGGAGCUUCAGCAACUGCAGUUGGUGGGGGCCUGCUUCCAGUGGAGCCAGUCUCUGCUCCAGUCACGGUCCCAGGCACCUUUUCCAUCAUCCUUGCCCCUGUGGCUGCCAGCUCCAAGCCCCCAAGGGAAUAUCACCACCCCACCUAGUGGCUUGGAGCCAGCUUCUCCCCUAAUUCCCCCAGCUUACGGAGCCGCGGGGAGCAAAGGCGCCAAGAACCACCCGUGGCGGGCGCAGGGCGUCUUCGUCUCCUCCCUCUUCUCCCUUGGUCGCAGGGAGCCGCUUUACAUCCUAGUGGGGCAGCGGGGAGAGGAUGCCUGUUCCCGAGGGAGCCGGCAGAGCCAGCGCGUCUGUCUCGGAGAGACUCGGACCGCUGAGGAGCACGCGGCGACGGAGGGGGCCGAAGGGGUCCCGGGGUCGCGGCGCUGGGCGGGAGGCGGGGGCGCCACCUACAUCUUUCGGCUGCGUGUCGGCGAGCUGGAGCCACUGCUGGUGGCGGCCGGAGGAGGUGGGCGGGCCUACCUGAGCGCCAGGACCGAGGCUGCCCCUGAGAAACUGGAGAGCCGCUCAGCGACGCCCGGAAGCAGCGGGGGAAGCUGGGCCGUGGGGAGAGGCGGGCGUGCCCCCCAUCUUCGCUGCCAGUCAUCUUGCUGUCGCCCCGCAGGUGGAGGGGGCGGCUGGACGUCGGGCAGGGCCCCCUCUUCGCAGGCCGGCCGUCCACUGCUGGAGGGGGCGGGGGGCGGCCAGGGCUGCGCAGAGGCCUGGGCUACACUUGGCCGAGGCUUCGGGGGCGGCGGCGGGGCCUGUACUGCGGGUGGAGGCGGCGGCGGCGGCUACCCCGGCAGUUUCCAGGCCUCGGAGACUGACAUCCUCUGGGUUGAUGGAGAAGAUGGGGUAUCCUUCAUACACCCCUGCAGCGAACGCUUUCUGCAGCCUCUGGCAGUCAUGGAGAGCCACAGAGAGGUAGAGAUCUGACUGCUCCUCAACUGUAGUCAUUGCCAUUGCCAGUGGCAGGCAGAGCUCUGGUUAGCCAAAUGCAUGUGCCCAGGGGGUAUGGAGCUAGCUGCAGGUAACAUUACAUGCAUGGUACAGGUAAACCUGCCCACCUCACCAGGCCCUCUGGUUCUGUUGGUGACUGUUGUGACCUCUACAUUGAGCCUCCUUAUGGUGUGUGGGGUUCUUAUUCUGGUGAACCAUAAGAAGUGGCAGGGCCUGUGGUAGAUGAGGCUGCACGACCCUGAGCUCAAGCUGAGCUACCUUCAAACCUCCACCACCAGGACACCUCAACCUUACUACUGCCAGGUGGGGUUUGGCCCCGCCCAGCCCUGGCCUCUGCCCCCAGGACUUACAGAGGUUUCCCCAGCCAAUGUCACUCUGCUCAGAGCACUGGGCCAUGGCGCCUUGGGAGAAGUCUAUGAAGGACUGGUAAUUGGCCUUCCUGGGGACCCCAACCCCCCGCAGGUGGCUGUCAAGACCCUGCCAGAACUCUGCUCUAGUCAGGAUGAGCUGGAUUUCUCACCGCAUCAGUGACUGGGGUAUGUGCACCUCCCACACAGCACAUUCAGCCAUCAGAACAUUGUGCACUGCGUGGGGCUCAGACUCUGGACUGCCCCUCGCCUAAUUCUGCUGGAGUUGAGGUCUGGAGGGGACAUGAACAGUUUCCUGAGGAACAACCGGCCACACUUGGGCCAGCCAUCACCUCUGGCCAUGUGGGACCUGCUCCAGCUGGCUCAGGACAUAACCCAGGGCUGCCACUACCUGAAGGAAAAUCCACAGGUUGGGAGUGAUCCUGGCUCAGAGCGGGCUCUGCUGCCAGUCAAGUAGAUGCCUGAAGAGGCCUUUCUGGAGGGCUUCAUUUUCAUAUCCAAGACAGACUCCUGGUCUUUCGGGGUCCUGUUCUGGGAAAUCUUCUUAUUAGGCUACAUGCCGUACCCUGGGUGCACCAACCAGGACAUACUGUACUUUGUCACUGGAGGGGGACAGAUGGGCCCUCCCAGGGGCUGCCCAGGCCUGUACUGUACCAUGACACGGUGUUGGCGGCACCAACCUCAGCUGUGCCCCUGUUUUGCCAGCAUCUUGGAGCAUCUUCAGUACUGCAUUCAGGACCCGGAUGUGCUGAAUUUAUUCCUGCCAAUGGAGCUACUGCCCACUCUGGAUGAGGAAAAGGCUUCUGGGCUGGGGAGCAGGUCUUUGGAGGGCCUAAGAUCCCCACGGGCCCAGGAACUGAAUCUGGAGAGCUUAAAGAGCUGGAUAGGGGGCCUCCUUGGCCCCUGA